AUGGCCGACAUGGAGAAGCCGGUGUGUGGAAGUGAGGCAGAUGGCGCCGUGUAUGAUUUCCCUCUGCACGUGGCUGCAGUCUUCAUUGUCUUCUUCGCCUCGAUCGGUGGUUGCGGCUUUCCAGUCGUAGCUAAAAAGGUCAAGUGGAUGAAGAUCCCACCGAAGAUUUUCUUCUUCUGCAAGCAUUUCGGUACUGGUGUCCUCAUCGCCACUGCUUUCGUCCAUCUUCUCCCAACUGCCUUCGCAUCUCUCAAUGACCCUUGCCUACCGGAACUCUUCACCGACAAAUACCCUGCCAUGCCCGGUGUCAUCAUGAUGGCUUCUUUGUUCGCUCUCUUCGUAGUUGAAAUGUGGCUCAACGCAAAGACCGGAGGUCACACCCACGGUGGAUCAACUGGCGAGGAGUUUCAAUGGCCACGCACUCACCUGCAGGCGUCCAGGCCGCAUUCAACAACUCCCAUCCGCCGUGUCGAGAGCUACGACUCCCAGAAGACAAUGAUGGCUCAGCGCGACGAGAAGCGAGGAUGGCAAGAGGCGACUUACCCAGUGGAAAAUUUCCCCUUCCCUACGACCAAGAACGUAGGUUCAGAAGAGCUAGAGGCACAGUCCGAAAUGCCGCCGUGGUUCAUCGUUUUCUACGAACAAUACGUCCGCCAGCGUGACGAGAUGCUCAGCAUGCUCAACCGUCAGAUGCCAGCUCUUCCAAACUACCAGCAGCAGUCAGCGCCCCAAGAGACCAGCAAUGUUUCGUACUUCGAUGAUGAUGUUGAGAAGGCUGUCGAUCCCAUGGUACUUAAGAAGCAGUCUAUGCAAAUCACGCUUAUCGAAGGUGGUAUCCUCUUCCACUCCGUCUUCGUCGGCAUGACCAUCUCCAUCACCGCGGAAGGUUUCAUCGUUCUCCUGAUUGCCAUCGUCUUUCAUCAGAUGUUCGAGGGUCUCGGUCUCGGAUCUCGUAUUGCUGCUGUGCCUUACCCAUCAAACAGCUGGAAGCCAUGGGUUCUUGUCGUUGCUUUCGGUACCACGGCUCCCAUCGGUCAGGCCAUCGGACUCCUUACCCGUGGCUCCUACGAUCCCAACUCUGCCUUCGGUCUGAUCAUCGUUGGUGUGUUCAACGCCAUUUCUUCCGGUCUGCUCAUUUACGCUGCUCUUGUUGACCUUCUGGCCGAGGAUUUCCUGUCCGAGGAGGCUCAGCACACUUUGAAGGGCAAGGACAGGACCAUGGCCUUUAUCUACGUCCUCCUUGGAGCUGCCGGUAUGGCAGCUGUGGGCGCGUUUGCUUAG